GGGGGGCGGGGCCGCGCUCAGGGGGGAGGGGAGGUAGGCAAGAUGGCGCCCGGCGAGUGAUUCACCCCAGAUACGUCCAGCGGCCGCUGAGACACCGGGGCGGGGGGUCCUGCCCCCACGGUCGCCCUUCCUCCUCUCCCCCACCCCCGGAGACCCCACCCACCCUUCCUCCCUCUACCUCGGGGUGGGGGUGGGGGGGCGAGCCUGGUUCCCGGGACACCAUGUCGGACUCUGAGGAGGAGAGCCAGGACCGGCAACUGAAAAUCGUCGUGCUGGGGGACGGCACCUCCGGGAAGACCUCCUUAGCUACGUGUUUUGCUCAAGAAACUUUUGGGAAACAGUACAAACAAACUAUAGGACUGGAUUUCUUUUUGAGAAGGAUAACACUGCCAGGAAACUUGAAUGUUACUCUUCAAGUUUGGGAUAUAGGAGGACAGACAAUAGGAGGCAAGAUGUUGGAUAAAUAUAUCUAUGGAGCACAGGGAAUCCUGUUGGUAUAUGAUAUUACAAAUUAUCAAAGCUUUGAGAAUUUAGAAGAUUGGUAUUCUGUGGUGAAGAAAGUGAGCGAGGAGUCAGAGACUCAGCCGCUGGUUGCCUUGGUGGGCAAUAAAAUUGAUUUGGAGCAUAUGCGAACAGUAAAACCUGAUAAACAUUUACGGUUUUGCCAGGAAAAUGGUUUUAGUAGCCACUUUGUCUCAGCAAAGACAGGAGACUCUGUCUUCCUGUGUUUUCAGAAAGUUGCUGCUGAAAUCCUUGGAAUCAAGUUAAACAAAGCAGAAAUAGAACAGUCACAGGUGGCCCACUAACGGAUUGGCUAGCUGCCCUGUGUUUGGGUCAGGGUGGAGGAAGAUGCCAUCGAAGCUGAGUGAACCAAGAUGUGCACCCCAUCCCACACCUCCUUCCCCAACCGAGAACAGGGGGGACCUAGCCUGGCUCAUCUUUGGAGGCUCACUCCUGAAGACAGUGGAAGAUGAGGGAAGGUAGAGGGAAGACAUCAGAGGUUUACUGAGUAGCUACUCUGCACCAGGUACCGCGCUCGGCACUUUGUACGUAUAUUUCAUAACAGGCGGCCUUUCUAUCGCAUCUGCUUUGCCAGGCAGUAUUACAUAGGCCAUCUGGUUUAAUCCUCGUCCGAGGCCCGCAGUGGCAGUUGUGACUGUCAUCUUACCAGGAAGCAGAGACUCAAUGGAGCGAUGGGUCCUUGUCCAAUAUCACGCUGUCAAUAAGAGGCAGGACCAGGAUUUGAACCCGGCUCUUAGUGACUCCAGUCUGUCCCGCCCAACGGCAAUGGAGUUCAUUCACGCUCCACAUUUAGCCUUUCCAUUUCCAGGGACAUGCUUGAACCUGGAAUGGGGUUUCUCUUAAGUUUUUGGAGCCAAAAUUAUUUUAAUUUUAUGGCUAGGAAAAAUGUAAACUUACAUUUUCAGCAGACCAGAGAUGAUAAAGUAUGCAUUUGUCAAAUAAAAUUCUUUGCUGUGAUAAAGUAAAUCAUUCCUUGGCCUUGUAAAAAAUGAGGCCUCACUUGAACUGUUUUCACUUCAGCCUUUGCUAAUAUUUCUGUUAUCUCCAUUAGGGAUUACAAUGAUGAAUGCCUUUUAUUCGCGUCGUUAAGCACUUCAGCGAAUGUGUGAACACACAGGGCAUCAUAAGUCAUAGGGAAAUGAAACAACAUGGUCUCCUGGAAAGAAGGAAAGUCUCGAGAGUCUGACAGAUCGGGGUGGGCAUUCUGCCCCCUGCCACUCUCUAGCUAUGCAUACUUGGUCAAAUUCCUCAGCUUCUCUGGGUCUCAGUUGCCUAAUGUGUAACACAUAGAUAAUACUUAUCUCACUGGGUAAUUUUAAGGAUGGAAUGAAAUGACAUACUUCAGGCACUUUGCACAGUUUCUGGCAUGAAGUAAGUGCAUAAUAAAUGUCAGGGUUAUUAUUGGAA